CUGUGGACCGAUAGCGAGAAGAAUGAGGCGCAGGAGGUCGCGAAGCAGGUCUGGCUCUUCCUCAGCGUCAUGGGUCUCGACUACCUUUACCUCUACCUCUACCUGGGCCAUCUCAGCCGGGGUCGCUGGGGGGCAGCGGGCGCUUGCUCGGAGGUGCAGCUGGCGAGCCUACGCGCGAUCGGGGAGACGGAGUCGGCGAAGAGCAGGACCAGCUACAACCCGGACGAGGACUGCCGCGCCCUGCCUUUGAACUUCAGGGAGCUGGAGCCUGGGCUUCCCAAGGCGGAGGACAUCGGCCGCUUGGAUGUUCUCGAGUACGUGGGGAGCGACUUGCAGGAGCUGAUGACGAGGCCCGAGCUGUUUUUGCUUCCUGAGAUGGAGUGGCCCCCUUCAUCACCGAAGGCCAAGGUCAACGUUGCGAAGGUUGCGGAUUGGUGGUUCGUUGCUGCGAAGCUGGUCGACCGUGGCCUGCUAAAGCCCAUCAGCCCCGAGCGUAUUUUCCAGGCUCGCGGCCAGCGAGUUACCAAUGGCCUUUUUGCCGUCAGCAGGUGUUUGAUCAGGAGACCUGCGCGGUCUUUGAUUGGGACCCCUGGCCGUCUGCAGAAGCAGAUGAGGGGGCGCUACGAGAGGCACUCCAUUCCCACCAGCGUGAACGAGGCUAACCAGCGCCAGGUCUUGGUCACGCGCAUGGGGGCCGAGAGCGACGGAGUGAUCGGCCGAGCGGCUAGCAAUCGCGCCAAGAACGUACAGCUUUACAGCCUCACCCUGUGGCUCGCCACCUGGGAGAGCCCCUUGGGCAACCAGCUACUGGUAUUGCUGGGGCGCUGGGUUAGGGCGCUGGAGUUCAGGAGGCCGCUGUUCGGGGCGUUUAAUGCGGUCUGGGACCUGGGUGCGUCUGGCCGCGCCGCAUCGCCCAGGGGCUGCCUCGAUGAGCUGGUUCACGAGGGCGCCGGGGUGCGCGCUGCUGUUGGGCUGGCGGAGGGCGCCGAGGCUUUCCUGAACAGCCUGGGCAGCCCCGAGACUUGGAGUCACCACAUCGCCGGAUACUCGGGCCAGUGUGUCGUGGAGGUCCCGAGAGCGCCUGCUGGAGCUACUGAAGUGGGGCCUCGAGUUCUUCUGGUCAGCCUUGUCGAUGGCAUUGGCGGCGCGGCGGUCUCAUUGCUGCGCGCGGGCUUCUUGAUUAGGGGCUACAUGAGCAGCGAGGUGGGCAAAGGAGCUCGGCGCGCACUCCGGACGCGCUGGCUGGGACUGAUCGAGCUGGGACCGGUGGAAGCAGUCGCCGAGAAGCAGCUCGAG